AUGUCCUCUCUAGUAGUAGUAGUGCCUAAAGCAUAUUGGGAAGAGGCUGCAAAUGAUUUACCACAAAAUCAGUCAGUUAAUAUUAACGUUAAGGUCUUAAUAUUAAGGUGGCCAGGGAAGGCUAGAUCAAACACUGGUCUAGAUCUGGCAGAACCAGAUGGGAGAUAUUCAGUCUUGGAAGCUUUU